AUGCCUCCGGCUACUGAGGCUGUACAGCCUGAAAACAAAACUCCAUCCUUCUUUACCGUUCCUACUCCCAUCAAAGCUCUUUUUGACAAGUUCCCCUUGGCUACUUAUCCUGCAAAUGACAUUCCGCAACGUUCUCCGUUCCGCCGGCAAGAGAACCAGUUGUUUGUCUUCAGUGAGCCUGCCAAUGCGCGCCAUGGUCGCCCGUCCUUUAAUCCCCAAUGUCUCAAAUGGCAGGCGUACCUGAAAUUUCUCGGAGUUGAUUUCGAGAUUACGCCGUCCAACAACCAUGCAUCACCAACUGGAUCAUUGCCUUUCCUCCUUCCAUCUCUUCCCACCAAUGCACCGGAAGCCAUCCCUUCACACAAACUCCAGAAAUGGGCCAUUGAGCAAGUCCACUGCGAAGAGGAGCAGCAAUUAAACCUCCGCUUUGAAGUCUAUGCCUCUCUCCUGGACCACCGGAUACGAAAUGCAUGGCUGUACACGCUUUACCUCGAUAGUGAGAACUUCAAUGCCGUCGCCCGCCGGCUCUACGUGAUUCCGGCAAGCACAAACACCCUCGUCCGCACCACCCUCGGAUUCCAGCUCCAGACAGCCGCCCGCGAUGAACUCCUCAAGUCAUCAUCAUACGUUGAUGCUGCAGAGCUGGAAGCUGAUGCAGCCAGCGCAUUCCAGGCCCUAUCUGCCCUACUCGGCGAAGAUGACCACUUCUUUGCCCGGCCGAAUCCCGGCCUAUUUGACGCCAGCGUAUUCGCCUACACACAUUUGAUUCUCGACGAGGGAAUGGGUUGGAAGCGGAAUCGACUGGCAACGCUGCUCCGAGAGCACACCAACCUUGUACAACACCGUGAAAGACUUUUGCGCUUUUUCUAG